UUAAUAUUUUCCAGGCUAGUUCUCUUAUUUAAAAGUAACAAAUCAAAUCAGUGCAAAGCGCACAAUUUUCUCUUUCCCUGGUACCAUCGUUUCUAUCUCAAAAAGUCGUAUUUUGUUCAACAUUCAAAGCAUGGUUACAAAACGAUGCAGAAUAACAAUUGGAAAUGAUGAUUUGAUGUGAAGCAUUUAUGAUUUACGUCAAUGUAUUGCUUUAUUUGGCACUCUUUUGACCUAUUUUGUGAUUUUGAAGGUACAUUAACAUGUACUAGACUUGCAUAUUAUAUUUAGAACUGAAAUUGCGUUAACAACACUCUGAUCGGAACAAGAAUGGUUAAAAAUUAAGGGUAAUUUAGAGUAAAGCUCGAACGUUUAUGAAUUGGUGUGAAGCAUUUUUCACAUUUGAUCUUCUAUGUGCAAAAAUAAACUUAACUAUUGAAAAGUGUCACUCUUGUUUAGCUGAAGGGAAGGGCAGUUAUUACCAUUAUAAUUGCUAACAUGCCUUACAAAUGAUAUGUAUGCAUAUAUCAAACAAACAAAAUUUUAGUGUAGUAUUUCAAAUAGUAUUCAAACAAAAUUUGUCCAACGACAUUCCUUCUGCUAAUGUUAUGUAACAUUAGAAAGUGUCUUGUAGGAAAUAAUGUCUUAAACAAUUAAAGUAAGGUAGGUUCAUUCUAUAUCUCGUUCUAGGUAUAUCACAAAACCAUAAGUGAAGGUCAAAAUAUGUAUGUCAGAUAAGGAAAUAGAGCAACCUCAAGUUUUUGAACUUCUGAUAGAGCUUGAUGAUACAUCUAAAUAUAGGGCGUUUCAUAAUACUAACUAUUAGCUGACAUAUUUAAACUAAAGUACAGUGGGAACAGUUGCUUAUACAUAACAAACACGACCUGGAUUUUAUUUAGGAGGAUUUGAAUAAACUGUGCGUUUGAAUACCUUGUUACUACAGCACAAGAAGAAUCAUGUUUGCUAACCCACCUUCGAUGCAUUGGGUUGUGUUGUUUUUCUGUCUUGCACGAUUGUCACGAGCAGACUACUCGUGUUUGUGUAAUUAUCAAGUUGAGCUUCCGAUAUUUAGUGUAAUGGAUACCACGUCAACCCCUGUUGGCUACAUGUACGAGUUUGACUGUAAGCCUGUUGCCAAGGUGAACUAUGCGACGGAUGGAUUUAACGUUAUAAUGAAUGAACACAAAAUUGCAUUUGUUGAGAAAAGUAGCAGUGUCCUCUCUCAAGUUUGUCAAGGCAACAUACCUUCAGAAGACAAAGUCACAGCACUGCCUGGCCAAAAUAACACUUCCUCAUUUAGACCAAUUGUAUCUGAAGCAACGACAGUAACAACAACAACAACAACAACAACAGCAACAACAACACCAGUAGCAGUAACAACAACACCACCAACAACUGCAACAACGACAAAAACGACAACGACAUCAAAAGUAAGUACAGCUACAACAUCAACAGAUACGACAACAACACCAAAGACAACAACUACAACAUCAACUUUUAUUAAAUUGUCUUCAGCAACUGCAGGUUUAACAUUGCCGCCCUCUUCUUAUUUAACCAGACUUUCUACAACAAAUAUGCCUACAACAUCAACAACAACGAGACAAACCACAGCAAAAUCAAAUUUCAAUUUGGCACAAAUACCAGAUUCAAGCAACAUUAGUUUAUGUCCACCAGCUCUGACAACAGCAACGGAUGGGCGAUGGAUUCGUCAAUACAAGACCUUUUGUUAUGAAAUUGUUUCAGGACGUUAUGAGGACUGGUAUGACGCAUUACAAGAUUGUAAUGUCAGACACGGUGAUAAUGUUGGCGGUACUUUACUGAGAUAUAUACCGCUGAUAUACAACAAUACAUAGUACAGUUUCUCCAAGAAGAAAACUACAACCACCCUGUAUGGAUUGGAUUACAAGAUGUAGAUACAGAAGAAUCUUUCGAUCAUUGGGAAACAGAUACGGUGUUACAGUAUCAAAACUUCGACCCUAACAGAAAGGAUAAUUAUGCUCCUCAUGAUAAAGAAGAUUGUGUGUUAUUAGAACCCUCCGGUUUUUGGGAUGAUUCUAUCUGUACCGAGGACGAUUCCAUUGCA